AUGUCAACAACGGCUUUCCCCCUCCCUGUCCCUCUCCCUCCGUCUUCCUUCGACAACGCCCAAAACAGUUCUUUGGUCGUGCGUCUUCUUCUGCUUCGACACCAGCCUUUGAGCUCUUUGUUGUCUAAAAAACGUCUGGCACUCCUGCUGUCGAGAUCCUCCGUCCCCCAUUUCAACUCGCCGCCCCCAGCCCAUCCUCGACGAGUCGAGAGUCAGACAUAGGUAGCAAGAAACGAGGACCAAAACAAACGGGGUACGUAUCUAGUCCCGAGACGCAUGGAUCAUAUUCUUCUCCACACUCGUAACCCCUGUCUCACGAUUGGACAGGUGGGUUCCGUACCUGAGGUCGUCCACCUCACUGGCCCAUCUGCGCCGUUUCAAUCACGUCGUUUCAACCCAUGAUAACCGAGGGGAUGAACCCGGGCAUCCGCGUUUCUUGAAGACCUUGAAAAUCGCACACCAAAUUUCUCUCCGGCGAAUGACAGGAGUGAAAAUGAUUCUCCUGCAAGAGGCCAGGCAUACAGCCUGCCCGCCCAGCAGACAACUGAUGAGAGCAGCCACCGGCAGUGCUCUGCAGGCGGCAUGCAAAUGUACUUAACAUACAUCCGCAGCAUGCGGCGCGCGAUGGCCUGUUGGCCCGCUCGUAUUUCUGCUUCUCGGGCACCAUCGGAGCAGCAGGCCAGGGUCCCCGAUUGUCAGCACCAAGACGCAUCACCAC